AUGGCGAUUACAUCAUUGAUCUUGUGGGGUCUUACAGCCCUCAUCGGGUACUUGAUAUAUAAUCAGUCGGUCCAGAGGAAGCGCCAGGGCAAACUCCCCCCGGGCCCCAAACCGCAUCCUAUCCUGGGAAACCUUAAAGAUUUCCCACCAGAUGGCGUGCCUGAAUACCAGCAUUGGCUGAAGCACAAGGACCUCUAUGGUGGCAUCAGUUCCGUGACGGUUCUGGGCUUGACGCUCGUCGUCAUCCAUGACAGGAAAACGGCGCAUGAACUGCUGGAGCAGACGUCGAGCAAGACGUCAGGACGGCCCACGAUGGUCAUGGCAAACAUGCUGUGCGGUUACGAGUCUAUUGUCCUCUGUCAGAGCUACACGCCCACUUUCCGUCGCUAUCGCAAGUAUCUGCACCGGGAGCUUGGUACCAAGGUGUCCGCGGCGCAGUUCCGCAGUGUCCAGGAGAUCGAGGUGAGCCGACAGCUUGUGCGGGCGCUGAAUGAGCCCGGGAAAUGGCUAGAGCAUUUCAAGACUGCCGCUGCAGCUACUGUCUUGAAAAUGGCAUACGGCUACACCAUCGAGCCGCAUAAGCCUGAUCCCUUGGUUGACCUGAUUGAUAAAAUGAUGACGGAGUUUUCCCUCGCGGCUGUGCCCAUGGCUUGGGCCGUUGAUAUUAUUCCCGCCCUCCGCUAUCUUCCAGAGAAUUUUCCCGGCGCCACGUUCAAGAAGACAGCGCGUAGGUGGAAAAAGUCCAUCCUGGACUCUGCUUACAUCCCGUACCGAUUUGUCCGGCGUCAAAUGGCUGGUGUCCACACUCACCAGCCUUCAUAUGUAUCAAAACUGAUCCAGCAACUCAGGGGGGGUGAGAACGCUAAGUUGGAGCACGAAGAUGAGCAGGCGAUCAUCUGGACAGCGGCCAGUUUAUACGGCGCUGCCGCGGAUACUACGAUAAUCACCCUUACAAUAUUUACACUAGCCAUGAUCAAGUUCCCCCACGUGCAGCGCAAAGCACAGGAGGAGAUCGAUCGCGUCGUCGGCACGGACCGCCUCCCAAACUUCGACGACCGCAGCCAGCUGCCAUUCAUUGACGCCCUGGUCAAAGAGGCCGUGAGAUGGUGGCCCAUUGCGCCCAUGGGCUUCCCACACACGGCCACGGAGGACAUCGUGUACAACGGCCUGCAUAUCCCGCAGGGCUCACUCCUCCUCCCGGCCGUCUGGUGGUUCCUGCACGACCCGGACGUCUAUGCCGAGCCGGAAGCGUUUGAUCCAGACCGCUUCCUCGCGCCACGUAACGAGCCCGAUCCCACGGCGGACGCCUUCGGUUAUGGCCGCAGGGUAUGCCCUGGCCGGUUCCUUGCGGACGCUAGCCUCUACCUGACCAUUGCGCAGUUGUUGGCUGCUUUCAGCAUGCGCAAGGCGGUGGGCGAAGAUGGCAGGGAGAUCGAGGUCGAUGUCCGGCCGAGGCCGGGCAUUCUGACGUAUCCGACCAAGUUCGAUUUUCGAAUCGAGCCGCGGAGCGAGAGACAUGUGCAGUUGAUUAGGCAGUUGGAGCGACAGUACCCUUGGGAACCUAGCGAUGCAGAGCUCCUGGAGAGCGUGGAUGAUUUCGAGGCUAGGUAG